AUGUCGUCAACACGCUUAAUGAAGCAUCUCUAUCAUGCCGGCAGGCGUAGGUUCUCCUCGAUUCCCACGAGGAGGUCUGCCGGUAACGGAGGCAGUAGCCGGGCGUCAUCUGGUCCUUCACAGCAGCUUCCUAGAUGGUCCGGCGGCUCGGUGUUUGCACUGACGGCUACCGCCGGUGUUGUCGGCUUUGGCCUCGCCGCCUCGGGUCUACAACCAUGGCCGAAAAGUCACGUCCUGCUCUUUGACAGCAAGGUCUCUUCGCCACGUUAUGCAUCAUUGCACGAGUUGGAGAUAGCGCUAGAGGAGAUCCGUCAUGAGAUUGCAGCAGCAGCAGGCGACGGCGAGGACGAAGACAUCAUCUCCACGGACCCAGACGAUUUGCACGCGCACGGGUACUCGGAAUGGUCGAGCACCAACCCCGAGGGCCUGCCGGUGGCCGUGGCGUACCCGCGGUCGACGGAGCAAGUCUCCACCAUUGCCCGCAUCUGCCACAAGUACCGGAUCCCCAUCAUCCCGUACUCGGGCGGCUCGAGCCUCGAGGGCAACUUUUCGGCUCCGUACGGCGGCAUCAGUGUGGAUUUUGCCUACAUGGACCGCAUCAUUGAGUUUAACAAGAAUGACAUGGACAUUGUCGUGCAGCCCAGCAUUGGUUGGCAGGACUUGAAUGAGCAAUUGGCCCGGAUGGAGAGCGGACUCUUUUUUCCAGUCGAUCCAGGUCCGAGUGCCAAGAUUGGCGGCAUGAUUGGAACAAAUUGCUCAGGGACCAAUGCAGUGAGAUAUGGCACAAUGAAGGACUGGGUCAUCAACCUUACCGUUGUUCUUGCUGAUGGGACUGUCAUCAAGACACGCAGGAGACCGAGGAAAUCCUCGGCCGGGUAUAAUCUCAAUGGAUUAUUUGUGGGCUCCGAGGGUACUCUGGGCCUAGUGACUGAAGCUACACUCAAACUCGCAGUGGUGCCCGAAGAUCUCUCCGUUGCCGUGGUCACGUUCCCCACGAUCCGCGACGCGGCCUCGGCAGCGGCCGAGGUGAUGCAAACGGGCAUCCCGGUGGCAGCCAUGGAGAUCAUGGAUGAGGUGCAGAUGCGCGUGGUCAACCUCGGCGGUGCGACGGCGCCCAAGGUCUGGGAAGAGAUGCCGACGCUCUUUUUCAAGUUCUCGGGCACCAAAGCCUCGGUCCGGGAGCACAUUGGACUGGUGCAGAAAAUCACCAAGAGGAAUGGCGGGAGCAAUUUCGAGUUUGCCAAGGAUCAACGGGAGCAGAAGCUAUUGUGGUCAGCUCGAAAGGAGUCGCUGUGGUCCAUGUUGGCGCUUCGAAAGGACGGAGAAGAAGUCUGGAGUACCGACGUGGCAGUGCCGUUCAGCAGACUAGCCGACUUAAUUGAGGUCAGCAAAAAGGAAAUGGACGACAUGGGCCUCUUUGCGAGCAUCCUGGGCCACAUUGGCGACGGCAACUUUCACGAGAGCAUCAUCUACAACCGACAAAAGAAGGAGGAGCGCGAAAAAGUCGAGCUUUGCGUCAAGAACAUGGUUCGGCGCGCCAUUGAGAUGGAGGGGACCUGCACCGGCGAGCACUCGGUCGGCUGGGGCAAGAAGGAGAGUCUGCUGUGGGAGGUUGGCCCCGAUACCGUGGCCGUCAUGCGUCUGAUCAAGCAGGCGCUUGAUCCGCGGUGGAUCAUGAAUCCCGGCAAGAUUAUGAAUUUGCCUUGA